AUGGCACUCCUCAUCCGCCGGGCAGCCCACCAACACCCCCUCCGCCUCCCUCCACCCCCCGCGCCCCCCAGACUCCCCCACCGCACCCUUUUUCUCGGCACCGCCCUCCUCGGCCUCGGCUGGGCCGCCGACCGCUAUCUCUACGCCGAGGCCGUCGCCCGCACCCUGCGCCUGGCCUACAAUGCCGGCCUGACGAUCGUCGACUACAAGCUCAACUUCAGCCCCGACCGGCCGGCCGACGAGCUGCAUGCCCGGGUGGCCAACCGGCUCGCCGCCUGCUGCGAGCGCAACGGCGGGCUGUACAUCAAGCUCGGCCAGGCCAUCGCCAUCCAGGCCGCCCUCCUGCCCCCCGUCUACACCCACGCCCUUGCAAGCAUCUUCGACGCCGCCAGCCCCAUGCCCUUCCAGCUCGUCCGCCAGGUCUGCAGCCGCGAGCUCCCCGGCGGCAUCGACCGCCACUUCGAGACCUUCGACCCCACACCCAUCGCCUGCGGAUCCAUCGCCCAGGUACAUCGCGCGACCCUCAAGGGCUCCGCCACCCCUGUCGCCGUCAAGGUCCAGCGCCCCGACAUCCCCAUCCAGAUCGAGCUAGACCUGUUCGCCUACCGCAGCCUGCUGUAUGUCUACGAGAAGGUCUUCGACCUGCCCGUGUACUUCGUCGCCCAGUACGUCUCCGACCAGAUCCGCAAGGAGACCGACUUCCUGUGCGAGGCGCGCAACGCCGAGCGGACGGCGGCGCUGGUGGCCAGCGACGCGCGGCUGCGGGAACACAUCUACGUCCCGCCGGUGCAUUGGCCGCUGACGACGCGCCGGGUGCUGACGACGGAGCUCGUCGACGACGGCUGUCGGCUGACGGACACGGCCCGGCUAGCCGAGAAGCGCCUGCACCCCAAGGCCGUCAUGGACCUCGCCAUGCAGCUGUUCGCGACGAUGGUGUUCAGCUUCGGCUGGCUCCACUGCGACCUCCACCCCGGCAACCUGCUCGUCCUCGCCCACGCCGGCAAGCCCAAACUGGCGCUCAUCGACCACGGCUUGUACAUCCACUUGCCCGAGACCUUCCGCCGCGACUACUGCGAGCUGUGGCGCAGCCUGUUCGUCCUCGACUCCGCCUCCAUAGACCGGAUCGCCCAGGGAUGGGGGAUCGCCAACAGCGACCUGUUCGCCUCGGCGACCCUGAUGCGGCCGUUCGCGGCGCGCAAGCCCCGGGCGGGCGGCGCCGGGCCGCCGGCGUCGGCGUACGAGAGUAGUCUGAAGAUCAAGGCGACGCUGAAGACUAUGCUGGCGAACGAGGCGCUGAUCCCCCGGGAGCUGGUGUUCGUGGUGCGGUGCAUGCGGAUGAUGCAGGGAAACAACCAGGUGCUGGGCAGCCCGACCAACCGGCUCGCCAUCCUUGCCCACGGCGCGGCCGCGGGGAUGGCCAUCAACCCGCCGCUGGGGCCGCGCGACGCAGGCCUGACGACGACGGCGCGACGGUGGAUGGACGGGACGCUGAAGCUGUGGACGUUCCGGGCAAUGCUCGUGCUCGUCGACGUCGGCUUCUUCUUCACCCGGGUCCGCCAAUGCCGCGAAGGCUUCGAGGACAUCCUCCAGCGCCAGGUGCAGACCCUCGCCAGGGAGGAGUUCGGCCUCACGCUCGACGACAGCGCCUUCGUCGGCUGA